AUGGCCGCGGAACUGCCUGGCCAGACGCUCGAGGGAAAGGUGGCCAUUGUGACGGGAUCGUCCCGCGGGCUCGGGGCUGGAAUGGCGAUGGCUAUGGCGAGGCGAGGGGCAAAGGUGGUCAUCACAUACACCUCAGCCUCGUCCGAAGCCAAAGCCGCGACUCUGGUCUCGGAGAUUGAGGCUCUUCCCAACUCUUCAUCUGCCGUCUCCGUGCGCGCCGACCUGUCGGACAUCUCUGCCCCCUCGGCCAUCGUGGCAGCCAGCCUGUCCGCGUUUGGCUCGGCCAUCCAUAUCCUCGUCAACAACGCCGCAGUCCAGAUCACUCAACCUCUCGCGAAAAUCACCCUGGAGAACUAUCAAUCCGUCUACGACAUCAAUGUAAGGGGGGUCAUCCUCAUGACCCAGGCGGUGCUCCCUCACUUACAACCACGUUCCCGAGUCAUCAACAUCUCUUCCGUGGGUGGCAGGGCUGGGUUUGCCGACUUGUCACUCUACACGUCGAGCAAGGCUGCCCUCGAAGGCUUGACCCGCUCGUGGGCGGCCGAGUUGGGACAAAAUGGCACGACGGUGAACGCGGUGGCACCGGGGCCUGUGAAAAGUGACAUGCUCGACAGUAUCCCCCCGCAUAUCGUCCAGAUGCAGAUGGACAAUACCCCCGUCGAACAUCGCGUGGGCACCAGUCAUGAAGUUGCCAGCGUGGUCGCGUGGCUGGCCGGCGCCGACAGUAGUUGGGUCAGUGGCCAGGUGUUGAACGUCAGUGGCGGGUGGUCCAUGUAUUGA